GGCGGGUGGGUCCUUGUGGAUCAUGCUUCAGAGCACUGCAGUGUCAGUGUGGUUGUAGGCAACUCUGACUGAAGCAAUGAGUUACAAGCUGGAGAAGAAGAGCAGCAGCGAAGAAGCCGCGCAGCUGAAACCAGCGUCCUCUUGGGAAGAAGAGCAGCAGGAAAAGAUAAAUGAGGUGCGCGGUCUCCUGGGCAGUCUGACGGAGGAGAUGCCGAGUUUUCUGACCGACGCCACCAUCCGCCGUUUCCUCCGGGCGAGGAACUGGAGCACGGAGCAAGCAACCAAGGGUCUCAAGGAGACUGUCAAGUGGAGGCGUGAGUACAGGCCGGAUGCAAUUUCCUGGGAAGACGUUGCAGAAAUGGAGAACGAGGCCCGGAGGACACAUGUGGCCGACUACCUUGACAAGAACGGAAGAAGUGUCCUCGUAGCAAACGUUCCAAUGAAAUCUAAAGUUUCAGGCAAGGAGCAGAUAAAGCACCUGGUGUAUCUCCUAGAGUAUUUCGCCACCAACUCAGCGGAUGAACAAGACGGCUUCGUCGUUUGGCUGACCGACUUCCGAGGCUGGUCGAUAUCGAGCACGCCGCUGUCGACGACCCGCGAAUCCAUGCACAUCAUUCAAAACCAUUACCCGGGGGUGAUAGCCGUGGCGAUCCCUUUCGAUCCUCCCAGGAUUUUUGAGUCCUUUUGGAAGAUAGCAAAGAACUUCGUGCAGCCAUACAUGAAAGAGAAAGUGAAGUUUGUGUAUCCUAACAAGCCGGAGAGCCUGCAGAUUAUGGCUGACAUCUUUGACUUGGAUACGCUCGAGUCUUCAUUUGGAGGAAGAAGCACCAGCACGGCCUUCGACAUCGACAAGUACGCCGAGAGAAUGAGAAGAGCCGAUAAGAUGAGAGGAGCAUCAUCAAAAGAUAUAAAUGGCUACACCUGAUCUCGAUCGCUGACCAAUCACUUUUUUUUUCUGGAAAGGGUGGAAUGCCCCCGACCUCGGCAUCAAAAGGAUGCAUGCAAUCAUCUUAUUAAAUAAGGUACAAAUACAAAGUCUUAGAUCCAAAACAGACUCAUAAAAUGAGGGUCACAUUCAGCGAUAAAAAACAGGGUACGAUACCUAAACAUUUUUCCUAUUAACUAUUAGCUCGUCUUUUAAA